AUGGAUACAAGCGGUUAUGUUAAGCACGUUUCGUUUGAUGAUCUCGCACCGACCCUGAUUGAUGACCAGGUGGAUAUUUUAAAGCAUAGUAAGAAACCAGUCGGGUUUAACAACCAGUUUUUGCACAUCCCACCACAGUUCAAUCCGUUGUACCAUGUGGAGGACGAAGAACCCGCUCCCAAGAAUGAUAUGUUCACAAAAGAUCACGGUAGUACCAGUCACAAAUCACAGGAUGAUGUGAGAAUGAAGAUGAUGCUUCAGUUUAUGUCUGCCCCGGAUGCGUUAAAAUCCUCAAUGCGUAGCCAGGAUUUUGUGGAUCGCAGUAGAAGUUCUUCACCGAGGGGAAUGGCUAGAAAUAGUCAUAAGUUGCCUCCUCCACCUAAAGUACCGUCAAUAAGGAAAAUGGACAGGCGUCCAGACGAGUCUUGGGAUAUAACAGACUAUGAUGUAGCUAACAUGGGAUGGCAGGCGGAGAAGAACUUGACCAGGGAAACUGAAAAGAAUACGCAGUCGAAUUCUGGUUCAAGCCAUGGUUAUACUCAGGCUGCGUUCGCCAAUCUGAAUGAACUGGAAGAUAGACUCGAUCCCAGUUCGAACUUAGCGAAGACUCCAACUAAGGAGGAGAAGAAUGACAGAAAGAAAAGCUUUGCUGGAAUGAGUGAUCAAGAAUUGGCUGAUUUGGAGAAUUUUUACGAAUCUCAGAGUAGAUCUACAUCGACUCCAACGAUCGAAAAAUACGACUUCAAGCAACAGGACCCAUUCUUCGUCGAUAAUUUCAAGAAGAAGGGCACUAGUCAAAUAGUUGAUCCGCUAGCACCAAUUUACCCUUCACGACCCGUGGUCGAUCAUAGAGCUGUCUCAGUGACAAUAGAGAAUGCAGAAUACGACCAAUUUGUCGAAGAUUUCAACACAAGGACUGGAUCCCGGAAACCGGAAGAAUCCUUGGCUGCUAUCCGUAAUGUUAAUUGUUACAUUUCCGGUAGGCGGUAUACAUGGUCAUCAGUGGACUGGUAUGUGGAGAAUUGUGCUCAGGAUGGUGACCACUUGGCCAUUGUCACUUCAAUACCAUUUUUUGAACGUGAGGUGGAGGAUUCCACUUAUGAACUCACUCGAAGGCAUUUUGUAGAAAGCCACUCAGAUUAUGGGAGCUUCGAUGAUCACGACAAAGAACUUGGCCGAGUCUCCACUUCGUCAUCAGAUCAAGGAAAACCAAAUGCCUCGAAUUUGACUGCUAAAGGUCUGCGAAUCAAGGCAAUUCACGAAGAAGCUAAGGAUUCGUGUCUAAGAGUCUUGAAAUACUAUGCAUCAAGACUUAAAGGCAAGAAAAUUAAGAUUACGGUCGAGAUGAUCAAGUGUGAAUCACCCGAUUUUGCAGUAACUAGAGCUGCAGCUUUGUACAAGCCAGACAUACAAAUUGUAAGUACUGUGAGUACAAACUUGCAGAUAAAGUUCAGAAACGGUAAAGUAAAAUUGCCAUUCUUUGUUAUGAGGCACUAUGCAAUGUCGACGGCUGUGGUUCCCUACGAAUUCAUCGAUCCAAAGAAACUAGGUGAAGAGACGACCAAUGGAGGGACAGUGGGGGAUGAGCGUAAGGGAAUCCCAAAGGGAGACGAAAGACUAGCCACGAUAGACAAUAUUAUUUUGAAGACACUGAAAAAUCCUUUUCAACCAGAUAACAGUCCUAAGAAGGACUUAAGUUCGGGCGGCGACUCAGAAGUUGAUUCGUUAAACGAAUACUUUCCUAUGUCGCCAGAGCAGAAACGCAAAUACGAUAUGUUCGAGAAAACAGGUUAUGUGAGAUGUCCACCAACUCGUCAAAACUACAUGAAUACUGUCGAUCCAAGUCUUGGCUCUGAAGAUCGUUUAACUCCGUUCAGUACGGGAAACAAUUCAAGAAGAAGUUCUAGGAUUCAAUACGAUGAAGGGAUCUACAAGGUCAAGUCGCUUAUCGCGGAUUCCUCUGAUGAUGACGAGGAUAAGCCAAAGAGGCAAGGUACGUCAAUCCGAAAGACAAAGUCCAUGGGACCAAUCACAAAAUCAAAAUCAAAGUCACCAACCCUAUCUCCAACAACUUCCAUCGGUAGAGCACAUCGAACACAUCUGCAUACAACGGGAACCAAGGCUGCUGAGAGCGCUUCUCCUUUAGGUGAACGCAACAACAAAAAGAAUGUCAAGCACAAGGAAAAGAAAUCUCUAGGCUCUUUCUUCAGAAAAGUCUUCAAAUGA